GCCGCUGUCGCUGCAGGCGAGUUGAUCGAGGAUCGGCUUUUAGACCAGGUGCUUCCCAGUGCGGAGGGGGGGGCGAGACUCAAGCUCCGGGGAUUGCGUCGACCGUGCCCCGACCCCGCCAUGCGCGGCAUCACGGUGCACAUGGUGUUCUUGAAGCGGCUUCAUGCCGCUACCCUCCUAGACUUUCGGCGCCGUGUAAGACGUCGAACCAGUUGCUUCAGUGCAUGGGAGAAGUCGGGCGCCCAACGGUUGGCGAUCGACGCGAGGAUCCCGAGUAUCUUCUUCGAGGACCCCGACCCCGCGCAGCUCGCGAGCGGAGCGUGCUUCGCCAACCUGCAGCUGGGCGUGGGGCCGCCGCUGACCAGCGGAGGCGCCGACAUCAAGUUGGCCUUCUACGCCAUCUCAAUGCCAGCUCAGCUGCGCGACCUCUUCGGGUUCGACAAGAUUCGGGCCUGGGAGCUGAGCGUCACCGAGGUGGAUGGGCGUCCCCCUUCAGCCUGGGGACUAUACUUCCACCCCGUCAUUGCGGCGCCGCCGAUGGGCUGGGCGCUGGCCCUGCAGGCGCGCCAGGCGCUGCGCGAGGAGCUCGCCCUUCGCGAGCCAGACGACUCCCUCGAGAACGCCUUCGUGGACGGCAGGCCCCCCCAGGUCUCUCGCCCAUCGCCCGCGCGGAGUACGUCGACAACUUCGUGUUUCGGCAGGGACCGCUCCGUGGUGGACGUGGUCACACGUGUGCGCGGGCGCCUGGUUGCCGCCGGACUGCCGAUUCACGGCGUGGAGGUCAGCCAGGGCGGCGACGGGCUGGGCUGGCACCUCACCGAGCAGGGCUGCUGCUCGAUGUCGUUGCGCAGCGCCUGGUGGCUACGCAUGGCGUUCUGCACGUGGCCAGCCUGGGGCGGGCUAGCGGGCGAGAGGCGUCACCUGAUCCUCGGCGAUGCCAUGACCGUAAUCCGGUCUCGGGCCAAGGGGCGCGGGGGCUCGCUUGGCCUCUGCCGCGCCCUUCGACGCUCGGCCGCGCCGGUGCUGGCCGCGAACCUGCACCCCGCGUGGCACUGGGUGCCCUCCGAGAGGGGCGCUGCUGACGCGGCCUCGCGAGCGGCUCGGCCCAGGGCGGCACCGGCCGCUCGCGCGCCGCUGGCGCGCCGCUCGGUGUCUGCGCGGCAGGAGUCGCAGUACUGCGACCAGAACCAGAGGUUCCUGGCCUGGACGCGAGAGCAGGGCCUACGGCACCAGCGCAUCGCGGACUUGGAGGUGGUGGUGGUGGAGAUGUUCAACCAGAUGUACUACGGCGGCUGGAGGCCGAACGCGGCGUCGAAGAUGGUGGUGGCGAUCGCGGACCAUCGUCCUGUGGCUGGUCCUGGGUGUGUCAACCUUGCUCGAGUGCUGGUGGCCCGCUGGGGCUUUGCGAAGCUGCGCCCGCCGCGGGCGCGCCUGCCGCCGCCGUGGGCUGCGGCCUGCCUGGUGGCGAAGCGCCUGGUGGACGUGGAGAGCUGGCGCAAGGGCGCCGCCGUCGUCUUCACCAUCACUCACUACUGGAGGCCGCGCGAGGUGCUGAGGAUCAGGGAGCGCGACCUGGUCCCGCCAGCUGGUGGCCGUCGGCGGUCCGCUCUGAAGUGGAGCGUGACCCUGCGCCCCCAGGAGCUGGCGAUCAGCUCGAAGACAGGCGCCAGGGACGAGAGCAUCGUUGUGGACAACGCCGAGGCGUUCCCGUUGAUCGAGGCUCUGAUGAGGCGGCUUUGCGGCAGCGGGGGCAAGGCGCUGGCGUUCCCGUUCCGCCACCGCGAGUGGGCCGCGAACUUCGAGAGCGCCGCCAAGGCCGUCGGGCUGCAGGGGGAGGCGACGCCGGUGCUGUACAUGCUGAG